AUGAUACGAACGCCACGAACCUCACUUUGCUACGCCCCAAGCAUUGCGCAGCCUUGCUCACAGGAUGAAUGCAUCACUACUAUACUUGUCGGCACUGCACUUAUUUCGCCUGGACACCGCAUUUCUUCGUUCAAAAAUGUCCUCCUGUCCAAAGAGAGGUCGCGGGGAACAUAUGUAACUGAGACUCGCCGAGCACGCAUCAAGCGUCUCCUGCAGUCUCUAAUGGACUUCGACCAUGCUCCUCAAAAGCCAUGCUGUCGGCAUUUUAAGCUGUCGAAAGAGCGCUCUGUACAUAGAUAUAUGUCGACAGCCGCCGCAACUGAACGCGCGGAAACAGUUCUUCCCGCGUUCUCACCACCUUCGGAUUUGCACCUACAGUUUCUAAAUGGAUAUCAGUGGCUAGAGGCUCUUGCUUUGAGUGAUCUUCAGCUUGCCGGGUUCAGGAGGCGCUGCGACACGGUUGCUGAACAACAGAAGAUGUUGGCCGCUCUUCAUUCUUCCACAGAAGAGGCACGACAACAACGCGUGAAACUAUUGAAGCAAAGAGUUCUGUACGAAGCUCUCUUGUAUGACAAGAUUUUACUGCAUGGGAAUGAGCCACUCGGUGGCCAUGGGCUGUCCCCGGACAUAGUUUAUGUGGCACAUAAUGUUCCGUCCGACGCUUCUAGCCAUGACCGAACGCUUCUAUUUUCUGCAAAUGUACUGCUUGCGGACCAACGUGCGGAGGUGAGUUCGUCAACACAUUCAAAAUCAACAGAUUUCAUCAGCAUGGAUCGGGAUACACCAGGCCUGGUUGAAUGCGAGCGCGACAUGUCAAUCGGGGCUAGCGGCAUCACUACCCUGCGUCCAGCCAAAACAAAUAGUGAACGACUGACAGCAACAGGACGAGUAUCUCAUGUUGUUGGCGACCGUGUUGAAGCACAAUUUGGCCGGGGUCGUGCGUGGUUCCUAGGUCAUGUAGUCGGUGUGUGUGGCGGGGUUUCUGCAUAUGAUAUCAUGUAUGAUGAUGGUGAUAUUGACGUUGCACUCCCUGCACGUUUUGUUCGUGAUCCUCUUGUAAUUGCUCUUCUGCACUCUGCCUCGAUCGACGACAGUCCAGUCGCUGAACAGCUGUCGACACCUCAAAAUAACAUGUCAGGCAUGAAGGUCGAUGUCCUGGGAAGAGAUUUUGCGCGUCGUGGAAAUGGCUGUCUAUUGCCUGAUUCCUCUGGAACUACCCAACGCUCAAAUGAGUGGAUACAAGAUGAUAUAGCACGCUCACGUUCGAUCGCGAAAAAGGGGGCAGUCUUGAUGGAAAAGAACAGAAUCAGACAGCUGCGGCUAUCGACGCCAAGGACCGAAGAGCUGCUUUGGAGUCAAUGCGAGGAGGGCUUCAACGGGAGGUCCAAGCGUGUGAAGGCAUUGUUCAGCCUGCCAAAGAGCAGCCCAAGUCUCCUGCACCAAAAAAGGAUGCACCUGGUCGCGCAGCGCUAUGAUCACAUUGAAUGCUUAGAUCUAGUGCCAUCAUGGCUUCGUAAAGGUAAGAUCAAUAAUAAUGAAAAGUUCGACAGCCAUUCCUUUACUAGCGCAAUGCCCGCUUUAAGACCUGUAGAAGAUCAUGCGGACUCCUUUGAUCUGAAUCGCUCAAUCAGUGACAAAAUAUCCAUAUACGCUGAUUCGUUUGCGUCUCGGACGAAUGAAUUAGCCGGUGUUAUACGGGCACCCACCGACGUGGUGGCUGCGAAAAAAUGUACCAUGCGCGAGAAAGUGUUACCAGCUGCAUUUUUCUUUGAAUAUUUCCGUCGCAAGACCAUUCACGUGGAUCUUCACUACCACCGCGCUGUGUAUAAUCGGAUUGAGGCUGCCGAGCUCCCAAAAUUUGCUUUUGGUCGACUGGAAUUAUGGCAAUAUGCUGAUGCAAGUACGUCUUUUUUCGCCGCCCAUUCACAUCUGAACUUCUCCCGCUCGUUGGUUUCAUAUGAUUUCAUCCAGGAUGUUGAAUUGUGCAUAGAGUCUGUAGUUCAGAGACGCGAUGAACCAGACCGCGUCAUUGAUCGCGGUACAAUGGCAAUAUCAAACAUUCCCUUGCUGGGCGAACAGGGCGGCAUCAACUCCCCUACAUCAUGCUAUGAUCCUAGCCUGCUACGCGGUUACGACGUCGAAGAAGUCGCAUUUAUGCCCGGUGGGAUAACACAACCACCUGGUGCAUUUCACAUUUGCCAACCCUCAAUUCCACCUGAAUAUAGUCCUGGUCCAGAUCCCCAAAUACCUGUGUCCCCCCAAAUACCAUUUGAAGCCGAAAUAUCGCAGAGGAGGGGGGUACGUUCGUCCCUUAGCAUCAUGAAAUCGUCCUUGGACCCCGUUGACCCGGAUGCGUCGACACCUCUCGCUCGCCACGACUUCUCAUCAUCGAUUUUGCACACGGUGAGAGCAAAUGAUUUUAAUGAGGAGGCCAACGUCGCACGAGUUCUACCCCAAGCUGAGCAUCGGCUUUCUGUUCUACUGCCCUUCGAUUACGAUGCCCAAACUCUCCAUGAUGAGGCCACGCCGACACCCGAUAAUGAGACACCUGGUAAUAGUUUGGUUCUUUCCAGGUUGCUAGAGACUGUGGUGGAUCGUCUGGUUGAUCACACCCUCAGACAGAGCAUCGCUGCUACAAGACACUGUUCAGUAUUCCAACCGAAGGCCUUGGAUGUCAAUACUCAUCCAAUUUUAAGCGCAUGUAACCUUCAGGAACCCUCAAAAGAUGGUGUUUGUGUACAACGUAGCACAGCUGAGGCGAGCUCAUUUGCUCCAGAGCAGGCACCACGAGACUGGUCGCAGGCCGUCGCGGUGUACGCACUUUGGCUGACCUCUAGUUUGGAGAGCUCCGGAGGUCUCACUCACAAUCUGUGCAAUGUGACCAGCUGCACGUCCGAGAGACUUGCAACCGCCCUUUUGGAAUUGUUCAUAGACACAGAACAGCGAUGUGAUGCCCAGAGCCUUGACUUCUCGGUCAACCACUUAGCCGGCGACCUGCCCUUGACUGGUGGUUCGCGAGAGCAAGCCCAGAUUCAUCGCCAUGCUAUUUUCGAUGCCCUCGCCGAAGCUGCUACUAAAAGGUUCUACGAUGCCCGUGGUUCUAUCACCGCACUGUUUCGCUGGAAAGUGAACUUGGGGGCUCGGUCGUCACCCUGCUGCCAACUCAGCGACAUGCAAGGUCAGAUUAACAGCCACACAACCCGCGAGUCAAACCGGGCUUUAGGCCGCUAUUACACUAAGUAUACUACUUCCUCCUGA